AUGUCAUUUGUCCCCGCCACGACCGUCCGGCUCGAUACAAUCAUUCCCUCGCAUUUCAAGUUACUACUAAGCCAGGCUGCCCGAAACUAUAUCUCUCGCAGACUACAACAUGACAACCACGAGCCCACUGUAUAUCUCUUCAUGCACGCCAUCCAUUACCGCGCUGAUCAAGGCUCGCGCAAGUCACGACAAGUCCCCGUCGGUCCCUUCGUUGCCAUUGGCCGGGAUUGCUCAGCUGGUGCCUCGUUCACAUUGGAUGUUGUGGAGCCUGAGCUGGAAUUGUACACUAGGAAUACAAAUGAAAGGCCACAGCGCAGCACUCCGAUUCAAAAGAAAAUUUCCGCUCCUCCCUCCAACACCUCUACAUCCAAAAUCAACUCUGAUAUCACCGAGGUGUUGUCCGAAGGUUACUGCGCGAACUUGUGUGCUCUCGACUGGCAAUCAAACGGCCAUCAAAAGGAACCAGCAAGUGUCUUCGCCUUUUACUGGAAUGGGCUGUCUAAAGCCGACAAAGAGGUGUACAAGUGCAAAGCAGCUGCUCAGCUCAAAUCAGCCGCCAGCGGAGUCAGUACUACCGGCAACGACGUGGACGAGGAGUAGUGGAUAGCGGGAUGGUGGGCGAGGCGCCUGGCGCAGCGAGCAGCGAUACCCUACGCUAACUCCAGCGAUACUAUCCUAACUCUAGCGAUACCCAUAGAUAGCUUCAUUUGUUCGCAUUAGUUCUAUAUCGAUAUGUUUUUCAAGC